UCCUUCCCUCGGUUUCCCCCCCCUUCAGACUCGCUGAGGAGAACCAGAGGUACCCUCGGCUUCUCCAGGACAGGCGAGCUCCCCGGCCUUUCUCCGGCUGCCUAGCCCACCGAGCCCCUGUCCCUUUGGAAGCGCUCCCCUUGAGCCUGCGGUGGGCGCGGGAGUCUCUGCCCGGAGCUCCGGUGCAAACUCUCCAGUCGGCCCUCCAACCAGCCGCCUCGGCCUCUCCCGGCCAUGGAGCCUCCCAAGGAGCCGGUGAGUGGCGGAGGGCUGGAUGUGGCCGCCCCCAAGCCUGGCGUGGGCAAGGGAUCCCCCUCCAAGCCCAAGCCGGUCCCGGCCAGAGCCUCGCCCAACACCCGGGCCAAGGCGCCGCUCGCUAAGAAGGCCGCCCAAAUUCCCCCCAAGGCUGUAGACCCAGUAGACGCCGCAGGGGGAAAGGAGCAGGAGCGCCCCCUUGUGGACGGAGCUGCCGCUUGCAGCACUUCCCAGCCGUUGCAACCUGUAACGGAGGCAGGUGAGACGCCUAUCCCGUCUUGUCCACCAGAUGGCGCCAGAGAGGAAAUUUCUCAGCCGCAGCUCCCAGUGAUGGAGCCCGCUCAGCCUUCGUCCCUUCCUCCUGCUUCGACCCCUUCGGGGGAGCCGGCUGCUAAGGCCUUACAAGUAGCCGCCACUGUCUCUCCCAAGGAGCACCUCCCGGCUAUGGAGCCUCCCAAGACGCCGGUGAGUGGGGAAAAGGUGGAUCUGUCCGCCCCCAAGCCUGGCGUGGGCACGGGAUCCCCCUCCACACCCAAGCCAGCGCCAGCCAAAGUCUCGCCCAAGACCCGGGCCAAGGCACUACCCGCUAAGAAGGAGCUUCCCGCUAAGAAGGUGCUGCCCGCUAAGAAGGUGCUGCCCGCUAAGAAGGCUGCGGAGAAGGCUGCCCAAAUUCCUCCAAAGGUUUUAGACACAAUAGAUGACGCAGCGGAAAAGGAGCAGGAUCGCCCCCUUGUGGACGGAGUUGUCGCUUGCAGCGCUUCCCAGCCGUUGCAACCUGUAAGGGAGGCAGGUGAGACGCCCAGCCCGUCUCGUCCACCAGAUGGCGCCAGAGAGGAAGUUUCUCAGCUGCAGCUCCCGGUGAUGGAGCCCGCUCAGCCUUCGUCCCUUCCUCCUGCUUCGACUCCGCUUCCGCCGGAAAGUCCUUCGGGGGAGCCGGCUGCUAAGACCUUACAAGUAGCUGCCACAGUCUCUCCCAAAGAGCACGUCCCGGCUAUGGAGCCUCCCAAGAAGCCGGUGAGUGGGGAAAAGGUGGAUCUGUCCGCCCCCAAGCCUGGCGUGGGCAAGGGAUUCCCCUCCACGGCCAAGCCGGUCCCGGCCAGAGCCUCGCCCAUGAUCCGGGCCAAGGCGCCGCUCACUAAGAAGGUGCUGCCCACUAAGAAGGCACUGCCCGCUAAGAAGGCCGCCCAAAUUCCCCCAAAGGCUUUAGACCCAGUAUGCACCACAGGGGGAAAGGAGCAGGAGCGCCCCCUUGUGGACGGAGCUGCUGCUUGCAGCGCUUCCCAGCCCGCUCAGCUUUCAUCCCUUCCUCCUGCUUCGACUCCGCUCCCACCGGAAAGUCCUUCGGAAGAGCCGGCUGCUAAGAGGGCAAAGACUGCCACCCCAGAGGUUGCUGUCCCUCCUGCAGCGGCCGGACUCUGUCCAAAGAAGGCCCAGGAGCCUGGCAUGCAAAACAUACAGCCGCCGGCCUCUGUAGCCUCCGACAGCGCCUUACACCAGGGGCAGGCUACUGCAGCCGAUGAUCCAACGCUCCCUUCUACUGCCUCUUCCAUGGACAUCCUGAAAUCGGUGGUUGAGGGACCUAAAGACUUGCCACUGUCUGGGGACAAAGGAGGGACUCCAGACACACCUACCUUCAGCGGUCUCUUCUGUCCUGGCUUGUUUAAGACGCUUCUCCAGAAAGCCAAGGCCACCGCUCGGAUAGUAGUGGAUCCAGCCCCCUCAGAUCCAGCCUUAUCUGACCCCAAUAAUUUGUUGUUCUCAGAGCCCGCCACAGAGAAGGAGGAGAUCCCCUGCCCAAAAUUGUUUUUGGCUGUCGUCCAGCGACAAUGGGAAAAACCAAGCGCGUCUCCAAACCCAGGCGCAAAUGACAGACGGUUCUAUAAUAUGACCCCCAACCUCAUGUCUGCAUUAAGAGUUCCAAUAAUCGACGGACCAGUGGUGUCCUUAGUUGGUAACAUUCUGGGUGGUAAUCCAGAAGAUAACUUGAAACCAGAAGACAGGAGAAUGGAACUGACGCUCCGCAAAGCCCAUCAGAUGGGUGCCUGGGCGGUUAAGUCAGCAUUGGCUGCAUCCUUCUUCAAUAGAACUUCCUUGCUCUGGCUCAAAGAGAUGCAAGCCAGAAUCCCAGCCACCGACCUCCAGACUCACGAGGACCUCAACAACCUGAUAGCGGCGGCAGAAUUCUCUGCCGAUGCCACCCUGCACUCGGCCAAGUUCGCUUCCAAGACCAUCGGCAACUCCGUGGCAGCCCGACGACUGUUGUGGCUCCGUUACUGGCAGACACAACCCAAGUACAAGUGGAAGUUGGCUGCUUCCCCCUUCAAAGGAGACAAGCUAUUCGGAGAGGCCUUAGAGCCUUUACUCAAGGAGACCAAAGACAAAAAGAAAGUCCUACCCGCUACGUUCAAAACCUCUGACCACAAAUCCUUGUCCAACGUUCAGAAGCCUGCCUUCAGAGGAGGGAACAACGCACGCAGCUUCUCACAACAAAAGAGGUCAUACUUCCAGCGACCUAAUCGCCAAUCCGAUAGGGCCGAUAGAUAUAAAGACAGGAGCGGACAGCAGUUCCAAUCCAAACAGCGAUUUCGAGACAACAGAAGUCGGCCCUUCGAUGGCUUUUCUAGAGAUCUGCAUAGCCAACCCUCCAAAAGACAAACAGUGGCUGGGGAUUGUAGUCCCAAAAGAUUCAAAGAGGUGAGGAGCGAUUCUCGAGAUAAAAAGACUCAACAAGCAUCUGGUAUACAAGAGAUUAAAAAUCCAGUCCAUACUGGACAGCGUCCGAGUGGCCGACUUCCUGAGGUCAAUAGAUCUCACGGAAACAUACCUACACGUCCCUAUAUUGCCGACUCACCAACAAUUUCUAUGGAUACGCCGCGCAAUUCAGCAUUUCCAGUACAGGGCCCUCACAAAGAUACUAGCUACGCUCUCGGCUCACCUCAGGACUAUCCCUAUUCUCGUCCAACGCUCUCUGGCCAACCUGUUGAUCGAAUCGUCCCACCGCCGGCCCACAGAGAACCUCCACGUCACGAUCCAGGUCCUUCGGGGUCCUUCAGGGAAUCAGGGAUUCAGAAUCAACCACGACAAGAACCACUUGUCUCCUACCAAAAGGAUGCUCCACCUAGCAGCAUCUAUAGACGCGACAUCGUGCCUAGUCUUCCUGUCCCAGGACCGCCAGCACAGCAUCAGCGCUCUGGCGAACCGCAUACGAUCGGACCGAACGGUGCCUCUCGACCUCGUCUCACAAUUGUUAGGCAAGAUGGUGUCCUGCGUCUCCAUCUUUCCCGGCCCACGUCUGCGUACCAGGACCCAGAGGGCACAAGGCCAGUGGUUCUAAGAGGACUUGCGAAUCAGCUUCAACUGGCAAGUGCUCAAAGCAUGCCACGUAGUACUCCGACGGAUCCAGACCAUCGUCUCCGGCCAACAUACACUGAUCCUAGCAGACAACAGAGCCACCAAGGCCCAUAUGAACCACCAAGGGAGCACUCACUCCAGGAUAUUGACUACCGGACACAGGAUCCCAUUGGAAGUCCUCCAGUGGUGAAGGUCACCCAGUACAACCAUGGGAAGCACAUUGAAGAAACCGAACCGUCUCGCCAUCGCUCCGGCAGCCGGUUUUCUCGGCUGGAGAGCCCAGAUGGCAGAAGGACAGUGGACAGAAGAGGAGCGAUUCAAGAACGUCAACCGGAUGCCGACUACCGGAGAAUGAAUCCCAUCCAAAGUCCUCCAGUGGCGGAUGUUACCGACCGCAACCAGGGGACGUACAUUCGAGAAACCGAACCGUCUCGCUAUCGCUCCGGAGGCCGGUUUUCUCGGCUGGAGAGCCCAGAUAGAGACCGAGAUGGCAGAAGGUCAGCGGACAGAAGAGGAACGACGAGAGAACAUCAAUCGGCAAGAGAUCGAAGCAGGUCACGGAGCCCUCGAAGGGAUAGAGAUCGUCGGUCACCAUAUACCGAUUUUAGCAGAAAACGUAGGCACUAGAUGAACCACCAAAAGGAGGACCCACUCCAGGUAACUCUUACAAGAAGCCGUGCAGCCUGCAGCUUCCUGCAACUAAAAACAGGCCACGGGUGGGGGGCCACUUCACACUCCCCCCCCCCAUGCCCUGUUUUGGGCCUAGCACUGCUCCCUGCUGUUAUAACUUUCCAUAGUUUUGGUUCUGGAAUAUGACAAUCUUUUGUCUCUACGUAGUGUCCGGGGCGGUUUUUAAACCAAACCUGCUAAAAAUAAAGAUGUUUUUGAUUAGAAAUAUAAGGUCUUUUCGACCACAAAGAUAAGACCUUUUGGAUUGCAAAAGUACGAUCUUUGUGAGUGCGAAAAUUAAGAACUUUUAGAUUACAAGGUUUUCAAAAGUAACCAUUAUUUACUGCAAAAAUCUUUUUCCCUGCAAAAAUAAGAUCUUCAUACUUGCAAAGAAGAAUUUUUUUCACUGUAAAAAUAAGAAUUUUUUUGAUUGUAAAAAUAAGAAUAUUUUUGACUGUAAAAAUAAAACCUUUUGGAUUGUAACGUCUUGAGCAACAUCUCUUUUUUUACUGCUCACUUCUCAGGGGCAGAAAGAAGAAUUAGAAAUUUUGCUGCAAAAAUCACAAGGACGUUGGCUGUCGAUUCCUGCAGCAGAAUUGCCCCUUUUGCGACCUUCUGGCAGAAGCCAAGUCCAUGGGGAAGCCAGGCUCACUUAACGACUGUGUCAUUGGCUCUAAACUAUUGCAGUGACUCCCUUAACAAUAGAAAUGACAGGUUCAAUUGUGGUCGUAAGUUCGGUACAAACUCCAUUGUAGUGUGCGAGGCGAAGCCCGUUAACAUAACAAUGGGUUUACCCUUGAAAAAGGCAGACUAAGUUUCUAGUCCUCUGGCAGCUGAGCAAACUCGAAUACCGAAAUUGUCACUCAAGAGGCGGGGGGGGACACGAUUCUGCUUUCUGCAAAAGCGGGGCGCAUGUCUAGACCGAAUGUAAUUUCUAACGUUGGAUUUUCCCCCUUACCAGAGAGAGCCACAUUGUGGAGUAUGCCAUUUUUCGGCAAUACAGUAGAAGCCAUUUCAAGGCACAACAGGCUGUAUCUUUCAAGGUAGAA